AUGGGUGUUGCAGAAAGUAGUGGUAGUAGUCAGAAUGUUACAGGUCCAACAGCAAUACGUGUGCAUGACGCAAAUCCGCUUCUUUACGCGACGCCACAAGAACACAUGAUUAUUCAACCCUACUGGGUCUUGAUUGUAGAAUUAAUCGUAAAGCAAAUUAUUGCUAAUCGUGUUUGGAACAGAAUACGUCAUAAUACAUGGGCUACAACACAGGAAAUAGCUAUGGGGCGUAUGGUGCUUAGGCUACAAAUCGUUUAUCUUAAAGCAGAGAAAUUGGCAUCAGACGGUAUAUAUCACGCAGCUCGACAACAUCAAACUACAGCUACUAGUAAGUCUCCAACACCUAAGCAGACUACGAUAAAAUUUUUCAAAGAUACGUUUACCAGUCCUCAAUCACUACUGGAUCGUACGGCAUUGGUAGGUAGUAAAGUUUUUUCGACACUAAGAAGAGAUAUAGAUACAUUGGAUUAUGAGAUCGAACAAAAAGAAGAAGAAACUAGACGCUCACAAGAGAAGAUGGACAAACUUGCUCGUAGGCUCCAGCUCGAUAUUUUUGACCUUCUCUUCCAUUCUUUACCUCUUCUUGGUCAGACAAUUUGGUAUUUCUAUCUACAGUCAGAAUGCAUGAGUGCGGAACAGGCAAGUACAUGGAACUGUUACAAUGUGUUUGGUUAUCGUCUCUAUAAUUAUGUUUUUACUUCAUACUGUGCUUUCUAUUGA